UGCGUCAGCAAUCUCCCCUGUAAUCUCUGCCGCUAUGUUCGUUUCGAUUGUUUUUAGUUUUCGGUUGUUGUGCCGGUGAAUUGCAUUCGGAGGAACGUCAUUUUAAAGAUUAUUGUGGUUAUUACAUCCCCGAGAGGAGUGCAGACAUGGGAGUAACUGUAUUGCAACAAUUUCCUACAAUGGAGAAUCGUACAGGUCCCCAGACCAUCGAAUUCUUGACGAAGAGAAUUCUAGCCCUCGGUGCUGUGCAAAGUGGUCACUUCCUGGUGGAUUGCGAGACUUAUAUGUCAAUUCCCCAAUUUCCUGUUCAAAGGACCGUACACGUGCUACACAAUUCCGAACAACCGGCAUCAGUAUUUGCAAUUUUAGAAUCUGGCUCUAAAAUUGUACCACUUAUCGCCGACGGCCUCUUUGAUCUUCUGAUGUUAAAAAUCGGUGCAAUAUACACGAGCAAGAAACAGACGAAAAUUGAAUCCAAAGGUCCGAGAUUUGAAAUUGGUGAUUUCUGCGUUAAACUGGGAAGUGUCACCAUGAGUCAGAAUUUCAAAGGAGUGCUUGUUGAGGUGGAAUACAGACCCUGCGUAUUACCCAGUGCCACUUGGGAACUUAUGCGAGAAUUCCUGCAAGGCUUUCUUGGGGCAACUGUUUCGAACCAACCCCCUCAGUAUUUACAGAAUCGCAUGAAUGAAAUUUACCAACCUAUGGACACCAUACAGCAAUAUUUAGAACAUUUUGGACAAUAUCGGAAGACAACUGGUGUCAUUUAAAUUUUACGAAAUCAAUAAUUCCGAUAUGUGAUUUUUUUGAGUAGUUUUUUCAUGUAAAAUAGAAUAAAAUUAGUUUUUUGUAUAAAAAAUAAAUUAUUGGCGUUUUGAAAGUCUUUUAUUACUUCGCUUAAAUUAUCCUCAUGAAUCAAGAAAAAAUGUAAUAAAUAAAAAUAAUAAUAAAAAUAAAUGACACAUAA